AUGGUGCAUCCUGAAGAAAGGAGCUCCAGAACAGCUCGCUCAGAGGAAGACCGAGACUCACUGUGGGAUGCCUGGGGCUCGUGGAGCGAAUGUUCACGUACUUGUGGAGGAGGGGCUUCAUAUUCACUGAGACGCUGCCUGAGCAGCAAGACCUGUGAAGGGCGAAACAUCCGGUACAGGACAUGCAGCAAUGUGGACUGUCCACCAGAAGCAGGUGAUUUUCGUGCCCAGCAGUGCUCUGCUCACAAUGACGUCAAGUACCAGGGACAGUUUUAUGAAUGGCUUCCUGUCUCUAAUGACCCCGACAACCCAUGCUCACUGAAGUGCCAGGCCAGAGGAGCAGCUCUGGUUGUAGAGCUGGCACCAAAGGUUCUGGAUGGGACCCGAUGCUACACUGAAUCACUGGACAUGUGCAUCAGUGGCUUUUGCCAG